CACUGCCAAAUUUCCUUAUUCUUCCAAACAACCGACUUACAAAUAUCUUCUUCUAUAGCCACCCAAAAACCCCCAAUUUCUCUCCUCCACUCUUCUUUCCACCAUUUUUCAAUCAACAAACAUAAUCUUUCACAAACCCUAAUUCCUAAAAAUGUUGCGUCAAACUUGCAAGAAGAUCCUAGCGAACACCCAAUUGCAGCCCCAGCUGCGCGCAUCAUCGUUGGGAAUCGCGCGCCAUUACCAUGAAAGGGUUGUCGAUCACUACAACAACCCUAGAAAUGUUGGGUCUUUCGAUAAUAGCGACCCAGAUGUUGGAACGGGUCUUGUUGGUGCUCCUGCUUGUGGGGAUGUUAUGAAGCUUCAAAUUAGGGUUGAUGAUAAAACUGGGAAGAUUGUUGAUGCUCGUUUUAAGACCUUUGGUUGUGGUUCUGCUAUUGCUUCUUCUUCUGUUGCUACUGAGUGGGUCAAAGGGCAACAGAUGGAGGAUGUGGUGUCAAUAAAAAACACGGAAAUUGCAAAACAUUUGUCUCUCCCACCAGUGAAAUUGCAUUGCAGUAUGCUUGCUGAAGACGCAAUCAAAGCAGCAGUUAAAGACUACACAGCAAAGCGUGCAAAGUUGAAUGGUAGCAGCACAGAGGCUGCAUCCAGCGAGAAGGCCGCUGAGGCUUGAAGUGGAUGCAUGCACCUCAGAGUUACUGAUAGAGUGCUAGUAUAAUAUGAUUACCACCUUGUACUAAUAAAUGGUUGUACCAGCAUUAGUUGGGUAUACUUUGGGCAUAGUUGUCUUCAAGACUUGAACUGUUUACCUUACGCCUAUGUAAAUUAACUUUGCUGUCACUGAUUGUCUUGUCCAAAGUUUUUUUGUUUUCACUUUUGAUGAUAAUGAAGAAAAACACAUUUGGAACUGAAGAUUUGUAUCAUUGUGAGAGUUGCUUGUGUGAUGUUUGAAUAACCUGCAACAUGAAAUAACUUUGUAAGUGGA